AUGCCCGCCACUCUCGAGCAGUUCCUUCGAUCGACCACACCAGCCAAGCGCGGAGCAAAGAGGGCAGACGGGGCAGAAUUGGGAUCAGCAAAGAAGAAGGCGAAGAAGGCGAGCAGUCCAAGUGACGGAGCAGGAGGAACGCCCAAGACGUCAGGCAAGGGCAAGGCGAAGGCGGCCAGUCCUGCCUCAGCGAAAGGGAAGAAGGCCAAGGCUGUCAAGGGCAAGAAGCGCAAGAAAACAUUCGUCGAGGACAACCGCAACCUCGGGACGGUGGACUUGCUCGACUCGACCGACGACGACGAGGUCGAGGUUGUCGCUGAAUCGCCCUCUGCGGCCAAAGCUGGGCCAAGCGAAGUCAAGCGAUUAGUCCUUGAGGAGGAGGAAUGGCUGGCGGACGAGGCGGAUCGGCCGAAGACGCAGGACUUUGCGGCGGAUCCUCCAGCUGAGCAGGACGACGGUCCAGAAAGGACGGCGAACCUGCUUUCAGCGCAGUCUAAGCUGCGCGAUCCGGCCGAGCAAGACCCGUUCGACGGCUGUACCGACGACGAAGGCGAGUUGACGGUCCUCGGCGCGUCCAAGAAGGGGAAAGAGCGUGCGGACGCCGCGGAAGAGGAUGAUCUCGUUGUCGAAGGAGGCUUGACCUGCCCGGGCUGCAAGACGUCGCUCGACUCGAUGCCUGAAGCGGAUCGCGAUACGCAUGUCAACUCCUGCCUCGACUCGUCCGUCGCAUCGACUUCGACCCCUUCAGCACCAUCACGCGGUCUCCUUGCGCCCCUCUCUCGCCUCUUCACCUUCUCCUCCUCCUCGUCCGCACCUUCCGCCUCAUCCUCGAAACCCGCUCCAGCACCUCAACCCGGUCCAUCAAAACCCAUGUCUUUCCUCCCGAACGCUUUCACCGCUCUCAUGCGUGGGCACGAUGAGGCGAACCAGUGGAAGAAGGCGGAGGAGGCGGACAAGCAGAAGGGAAGGUUGCCAAAGGGCGAGGAGAGGAAAGUGCCGUUCUACAAGUGGAUCGACGGGAUGGAGAUUACGGUCGACGCCUUCAAGUACGGCAAGAUCGACGGCUGCAAAGCCUACUUCCUCUCGCACGCACACUCCGACCACUACCAGAACCUCAACUCGUCUUGGUCGCACGGCGAGAUCUACGCUUCGCAGACGACCAUCAACCUUAUCAAGCUCAAGCUGAAGGUCAAGGACGAGUACCUCUUCCCGCUCCCGAUGGACAAGACUGUCAAGGUGCACGGAAUCGAUGUCACGCUCAUCGACGCGAACCACUGCCCCGGCUCAGUCCUCUUCCUUUUCGAAGGACCGCACACGGAUCCGAAGUCGCCCUUCUCGAAGACGCCGAACAGGAUCUUCCGGUACCUGCAUUGCGGCGACUUCCGCGCUUCCCCACAGCACAUCCUCCACCCUUCGAUGUCCUAUCCGACGCCCGCUACUUCUCGCAUCAUGGCCCGAAGUUCCUCCUCGACGUCCCAGCCGUCAUCUUCUCAACCGCCUGAUCCUAUCCCCGGCCGCACUCUCAAGCGUCUCGACGCAAUCUACCUCGACACGACCUACCUCUCUCCCUCGUACUGCUUUCCCGCUCAAGAACUCGUCAUCAGCGCCUGUGCUGAACUCGUGCGCGAGCGAAUUGUCGGCGGCGACGAGACGGCGCUGUGGAGGGCCGAUGGGAGGGAGGCGGAGAGGAAGGGCAUGAAGGGGUGGUUGAAAGGUGACGGGACGGGAGUCAAGAAAGAAGAGGAGGGCGUGAAGGAGGAAGAAGAGAUGGAGAGGAUGAUGCAGCUUGGCGAAGGCGAAGAGCGCGAGUCGCAGACUCCGAUGCCAGGCCUCGACGACGACGAGCAGCUUUAUGGCGACGUCGACGAGCCUAUGGAGCUCGAGCGCUUACCGGAGGAAAUGGAUGACGCGGUCAUGGCACAUGGAGGGGAUGAAGAGGCGUGGCUUGCUGUGCAUGCGGAUGAGACGCAGGAGGGCGAGACGCAGGAGGGCGAGAUGAAGGUCGGCGGGGAGGCGGGCGAUGACAGUCAAGGAUGCGCCGCUGCGACUGUUGAUGACUCGGCGUGUUGCGGUGUCGAAGCCGAAGCCGAAGUUGGCGAGAUGCGUCCGAUCGAUGGUCAGGCGGACGACACGGUAGAUGUCAAGGCGGAGGGCGAGAUGAUGGAGGACCAUUCAGAGGAGAAGCCUGUUGUCGACGGUGUGGCGGACAUCAAGCCCGAGGAGGCGGACGAGAAGCCGGACGUCAAGCCGAAGAAGGAGCGCCUGCUCGUCCUGGUCGGGACUUACUCGAUCGGCAAGGAGCGCAUCGUCAAGGCUAUCGCCCACGCGCUUUCGACAAAGGUCUACUGCGACUCGUACAAGCGCUCCCUCUUCCUCGCGCAAGACGAUCCCGACCUUCAUGCCCUCCUCACCGAAGACCCGCUCGAGGCGCAGGUGCACAUCGGCGGUCUACGCGACAUCACAAGGGAGGCCAUGCAGGAGUACCUCGCCAAGUUCAAGGCGCCGCGCAUUGAGAAAGGGUUCACCAAGAUGAUCGGGUUGCGUCCGACUGGCUGGACCUACCGCUCGGAGACGAAGGACAAGUAUCCGUCCAUCCCGAAGAUCCUUCAGAUUGAGCAGCAGCGCAAGUUCUCGCCGGCGGGUCUCUACCCUCAGCGAGACUCGACACCGAUGACGAUGGCUUUCGGCGUGCCCUACUCCGAGCACUCGAGCUUUUUCGAGUUGACCUGCUUCUGCCUCUCGCUCGACUGGACCCGCGUCAUCCCGACUGUCAACGUCCACACUGCUUCGUCGCGCAACAAAAUGAAGGGAUGGAUCGACCGAUGGGGAGCGGAGAAGAAGCGUCGUGCGGACGCAAAGCUGCCGAAGAUCGUUCCGUUCAGGAACGUCAACUACUGGUGA